AGCGAUGUCCAACGUGCCAGUGGCUGUGGUGACCGGUUCCAACAAAGGGAUCGGAUUUGCAAUUGUGAAGGCUCUAUGCAAGCAGUUCCCAGGGGAUGUGUACAUGACAGCCAGAGACCCCAGCCGUGGCCAGGAAGCAGUGGCAAAGCUCCAGAAAGAAGGGCUGCAUCCACUCUUCCAUCAGCUGGAUAUUGAUGAUCUGCAGAGCAUCCGAGCUCUCCGUGAUUUCCUAAAGGAGAAAUAUGGAGGGCUGAACGUUCUGGUUAACAAUGCAGGAAUUGCUUUCAAAGUUCAUGACACAACUCCAUUUGCAGUUCAAGCAGAGGUUACGCUGAAAACAAACUUUUUUGGAACCAGGAAUGUUUGCACAGAAUUGUUGCCUCUUGUGAAGCCUUAUGGUAGAGUGGUGAAUGUCUCCAGCAUGGUAAGCAGCUCAGCUCUAGGAGGCUGCAGCCAGGAACUACAGAAAAAGUUCCGCAGCGACACAAUCACUGAGGAAGAGUUAGUGGGACUCAUGACCAAAUUUGUGGAAGAUACAAAGAAAAGUGUGCAUGAGAAAGAGGGUUGGCCAAACACUGCUUAUGGGGUAUCUAAAAUUGGUGUCACAGUCUUGUCCAGGAUUCAAGCCCGGAUGCUAAAUGAGAAAAGAAAAGGUGACCACAUCCUUCUCAAUGCUUGCUGUCCUGGAUGGGUGAGAACAGACAUGGCAGGUCCUCAAGCCACUAAAUCCCCAGAUGAAGGGGCUGAGACCCCAGUUUAUUUGGCCCUUUUGCCUUCUGAUGCCGAUGGUCCUCAUGGCCAGUUUGUUAGUAACAAAACUGUUCGACCCUGGUGAGUUUAUGUAUGGGGGCCUGUGCUCUGGGCUGGCAUUUAACUAGAGCAGUCUUGUGCUGCAAAGUUCUUUAUUGUUACAACAUGGGUUACAGUUACGGUGGUACUCCUCUGGGAUUAGGUCAACACUUAGGGUACCCUCACCAAUAGUUUCACUUGCUCCCUGCAUUGCUCAAAGUCUUGUCUGUGGGUGUUCCAGCUCAGCAGGUGAUACAAGCUAAUUUGAUGCCCUAACAUAAAGGUGCCUAACCUUGUUUACCUGAUUUUACUCUUAAUUAAAUCAUUGCCAGACCUUCUCCUACACCCCAGAGACAGAUCUCUGACAUGGAGUUGGGAUGAGGAAGCAGGUGCCUUAUGCCCUCCAGCACAACAGAUCUUUCUAGGGACCGUUGUUACUACUUAAGGUUGUGCAGAGCUUUGUAAAGGGAGAGGGAGUUGUUCUGAGAUCUGUAGUCUGACUUGUGUAUGGAGGGCAUGACAAGACCAAAACAGAAUCACUGCUGUAUAUAGAUCCCUUGAUAUCUGCACAAAAUAGAAUUGUGUGAAAAUAGCAGCAGCAUACAAUAAAUAGAACUUAAUUGUUUGGCUUUAUGUAUAUCAAUAAAUACUUACUGAUUUAUAUUC